CACUGUUUAAAACCUCUAAAACAGCACAAUGUGCCACAUGUCCAGCAUAUUCAGGGUUUAACUUAUCUGCACUUAGGCACUUAUCUGCAAAUGCUCUCAGUAAGAAGCCACUAACACAAGUUAAGUCAGGGUUCAAAGUUCAUGGUCUUUCAUUAAUAGUAGGCAGGCUGGAGAGCACUUCAGUGUAUCCACUACUUUACACACAUGAAUCUGACAGCAGAAAGCCACAGUAUCCCUCUCAGUGACGGGAACCAUAUUCCACUGCUGGGAUUGGGCACCUAUGGGGACCCUCGAACGACACCCAAAGGCAAAGCACUUGAGUGUGUCAAGCUGGCCAUAGAUGUGGGUUACAGGCACUUUGAUGGGGCAUUGGUGUAUUUCAAUGAGCACGAAGUGGGUCAAGCCAUUAGAGAGAAGAUUGCCGAUGGAACCGUUCAAAGAAAGGACAUCUUUUACAGCGGAAAGCUCUGGAAUACAUUUCAUCCACCAGAGUUGGUGAGACCAACUUUGGAGAGGACUCUGAAAGCCUUACAACUAGACUAUGUGGAUCUCUACAUCAUUGAGCUUCCUAUGGCCUUCAAGCCUGGAAAUGAGUUCUAUCCAAAAGACAAAGAUGGAAAAUACAUCUACUACCACACAGACCUGUGUGCAACAUGGGAGGCUUUAGAGGCUUGCAAAGAUGCAGGGCUGGUUAAAUCUCUGGGAGUCUCCAACUUCAACCGCAGACAGCUGGAGCUGCUGCUGAACAAACCCGGCCUCAAACACAAGCCUGUGUCCAACCAGGUUGAAUGCCAUCCAUAUUUCACACAACCCAAGCUUCUGGAGUUCUGUCGUCAGAAUGACAUUGUGAUUGUUGGCUACUGCCCAAUUGGCUCCUCCAGAGAUGCAUCCUGGGUGAAUGUGAAAUGCCCUCCCCUGCUGGAGGACGAGCUGCUCAUAUCCAUUGGGAAAAAGUACAACAAGAGUACUGCCCAGGUGGCUCUGCGCUUCAACGUCCAGAGAGGAGUUGUCGUGAUCCCCAAGAGCUUCAGCCCAGAGAGGAUCAAACACAACUUCCAGAUAUUUGAUUUUUCACUCACUGAGGAAGAAAUGAAAGCCAUCGAAGCACUGAACAAAAAUAUUCGCUUUGUAGAGCUGCUGAUGUGGAGUGACCAUCCAGAAUACCCAUUUCAUGAUGAAUAUUAAUGUUUUGCCCGAGCACCAAUACAUUUUACAAAAUACAAUUUUCAAGUGGAACACUAGAGGGCUCUAGCUCACAGUAAAUGAAUAGCACAAAUAAAUGAAUGCUUUUAACACGCAGUUCAAAUGACAAAGUUGUUAAGUUGAUGUUUAUGAGUUUCAUGCGAGAUUCACAAUAUUUAAAGAGAUUAAAUUGUUACUUACAACUGAUUUGAAAUCAACUACUGCUAUAAAUAAAGUUUGGUUUGAAAAUAA